ACGUAGUGCACUUGUAAUGGUGUCGGGGUGGAUUUGGGCUCAGACGCCAUUUCGGAGCUGCAGUUGUAGCUUUGUUAGCGAAAAGCCCGACCUGCGUUACAGUGAGCGGAGGCUGAGUCCGGACUGCUGAGCAGUGUUUUGCUUGCUGGGGGGAAAAUAGAGAAUUUACGAGUUGGCAAUUUAUCCGGGAAGUGGAAAUUAAUUGUAGGUUUGUCUGCAUUCAAUGUGUUGGUGAUCGGAAGAUUGAGAAGCUCGCGCUGCUGCUGCUGGACAAUGGUUUCUUUCCUGACUCUGACCUAAGUGUCCUUUCCAGUCGACGGCCGCUCUGCCUCCCCGGUUCGAGGCCCGGUGUUUUCCUCCACGUUGUCGCCGCUGUCCGCCGCGCCCAUAUGGAGGACUAGCUGGCCGCCGUCUCGCCGAGCCAAGGGACACGCAGAGCAGAACGCCAGGAAGAGAUUCCGACACAGCAGCAGCAGCAGGAGGGAAGACGCAGGGGAGGACCGAGGAUGUCGUCUACCAGGAGCCAGAACCCUCAUGGACUCAAACAGAUUGGGCUGGACCAGAUCUGGGAUGACCUGCGAGCAGGCAUUCAGCAGGUCUACACGCGCCAGAGCAUGGCCAAAUCUCGCUACAUGGAGCUCUACACUCACGUGUAUAAUUACUGCACCAGCGUGCACCAGUCGAACCAGGCUCGCGGAAUCCCCCAAUCCAAACCUUCCAAGAAGGCACCCACUCCAGGAGGAGCCCAGUUUGUGGGCCUCGAGCUCUACAAGAGACUAAAGGAAUUCCUGAAAAAUUACCUUACAAACUUAUUAAAGGACGGAGAGGACUUAAUGGACGAGAGUGUUCUGAAGUUCUACACGCAGCAGUGGGAGGAUUACCGGUUCUCCAGCAAAGUGCUUAACGGUAUCUGUGCCUACCUCAACCGCCACUGGGUGCGCCGCGAAUGUGACGAGGGCCGCAAGGGCAUCUACGAAAUCUACUCGCUGGCUUUGGUUACCUGGAGAGAAUGCCUGUUUCGGCCUCUAAAUAAACAGGUUACAAAUGCAGUAUUGAAGCUUAUUGAGAAGGAGCGAAACGGAGAGACCAUCAACACCAGACUCAUCAGUGGCGUAGUUCAGUCCUACGUUGAGCUGGGCCUGAACGAGGACGACGCUUUUGCCAAAGGCCCUACUCUGUCCGUCUACAAGGAAUACUUUGAGACACAGUUCCUGGCCGACACCGAGCGCUUCUACACGAGGGAAAGCACAGAAUUCCUGCAGCAGAACCCAGUCACUGAGUACAUGAAAAAGGCGGAAGCUCGUUUGUUGGAAGAGCAGAGGAGGGUACAGGUCUACCUCCACGAAAGCACGCAGGAUGAGCUGGCCAGGAAGUGUGAGCAGGUUCUCAUUGAAAAGCACCUGGAAAUCUUUCACACCGAGUUCCAAAACCUUCUGGAUGCAGACAAGAACGAAGAUCUCGGCCGCAUGUACAACCUGGUGUCUCGGAUCACGGACGGAUUGGGAGAGCUCAAGAAGCUUCUGGAAACGCACAUCUAUAACCAAGGCUUAGCUGCUAUUGAGAAAUGCGGGGAAGCUGCUCUUAAUGACCCCAAGAUGUACGUCCAGACCAUUUUGGAUGUCCAUAAGAAGUACAACGCCUUAGUGAUGUCUGCGUUUAACAACGACGCUGGCUUUGUUGCUGCACUGGACAAGGCCUGUGGGCGCUUCAUCAACAACAAUGCCGUUACCAAGAUGGUCCAGUCGUCCAGCAAAUCCCCUGAACUUCUCGCUCGAUACUGUGACUCUCUACUUAAGAAAAGCUCAAAGAACCCAGAGGAGGCCGAGCUUGAAGACACUCUGAAUCAAGUGAUGGUGGUGUUUAAGUACAUAGAGGAUAAAGACGUGUUCCAGAAGUUUUAUGCGAAAAUGCUGGCCAAGCGCCUGGUCCACCAGAACAGCGCCAGCGACGAUGCCGAAGCCAGCAUGAUCUCCAAACUAAAGCAAGCGUGUGGCUUUGAGUACACGUCCAAGCUGCAACGCAUGUUCCAGGACAUCGGAGUCAGCAAAGACCUAAACGAGCAGUUCAAGAAGCACCUCACUAACUCGGAGCCUUUAGACUUGGAUUUCAGUAUCCAGGUGUUGAGCUCUGGUUCCUGGCCUUUCCAGCAAUCUUGCACUUUUGCGCUGCCUUCUGAGUUGGAGAGGAGCUACCAAAGGUUCACAGCCUUCUACGCCAGCAGACACAGCGGCCGCAAACUCACCUGGCUCUACCACCUGUCCAAAGGAGAGCUGGUCACUAACUGCUUUAAGAACAGAUAUACCCUGCAGGCUUCCACGUUUCAAAUGGCCAUUCUCCUCCAAUACAACACAGAAGACGUGUACACCGUCCAGCAGUUAACUGACAGCACGCAAAUCAAAAUAGAUAUUUUGGUGCAAGUUCUACAAAUUUUAUUGAAGUCCAAAUUGUUGGUCCUGGAGGAUGAGAACGCUAAUGUGGACGAGGUGGAAUUUAAACCGGACACACUCAUAAAACUUUACUUGGGUUAUAAGAAUAAAAAGCUGCGGGUGAACAUCAACGUACCGAUGAAGACAGAGCAGAAGCAAGAGCAGGAAACCACUCACAAAAACAUCGAGGAGGAUCGAAAGCUCUUAAUACAGGCUGCCAUAGUGCGAAUCAUGAAGAUGAGGAAGAUGCUGAAGCACCAGCAGCUCCUAGCCGAGGUCCUUAACCAGCUCUCCUCCAGGUUCAAGCCCAGAGUUCCCGUCAUCAAGAAAUGCAUCGACAUUCUCAUAGAGAAGGAGUACCUGGAGAGAGUGGAUGGCGAGAAGGACACUUACAGCUACCUGGCUUAAACUUUUGUGUUUUUUUUUUUUUUUUUUUUCCCCAACUUCCUCUUCCUCCCACCCCUCCGUCUCUCUCGCUUUCUUUUAAGUCGUCCCUAAUGUAAUAAACAUCAUUCCUUCUGACGUUCAGCCUGUCAUUGGGAAUGUGUGAGAGGUGGAGGAUUUUUAUUUUUAUUUUUUUUUGCUGCUGCUGUUGUUUUAAUUUAAAACCACAAAAAAGAAAGAGAAGCGGGAAAAAGAACCGCUCGCGUGAACGUAUGCGUGCCAUCGUAGCCGGAGUCUGAUGAGCUGGACUUCCCCUUUAAAACAACCCCGAACUGGCUCAGGAUGGACAGACUUCAUUAUUGUAAAUAAAACCCGGACAUUUAAUCCGAUAAAAAAACUAAACGAUCUAUUACUGAGAAACCCCCCCCUCCCCCGACCUGCUACGGUUUGCAUGCAAACUGCCUAUGUGCAUUUAAAGUCAUAAAGGAUCAACAAAAAAAAACACACACACAACUGAAUAGUAAGUCAGUAUGAUGUAAGGAUUCUAUCGCUUUGCGAUAAAAUGGCCAGAAAAUCACGUUUUAACAAAAGGUAAAGAUUUUAGCUACAUAUCCCACAAGGACAGCAGUGUGUGUUUGACCCGGUCUGUAGCCGUGUCCCCGGCGUCGUUUCCUGUUAUCAGAUAUAUCAUUUGUAUAGUGUGGUUCACUUUUUUAAAUGUGUGGUAAAUAAAAAUUAAAGGUUUCUGUA